CAGAAGUAGCAAUGGAAUCCAGGGCUCAUGUUAUUUCGAUCUUCAUUAGCAGAAGCCUCAGGGCCUCACUAUAGCAGGUUGAAACAGGUGAUGUACAGAAAAUAUAUCAAGGACAGACCAGAACAGACUGUUGAAGUUAUGGUGAGGUGGGCAGAACAGCAACCGAAGAAAAAUAGUUGCCUUCAGUUAGGCUGGAAGAAAAGGCUUUGUCUUUGAUCUGAAACUAUAUUCUCUGCAUGAGAAGAAGGUGGACAGGAGAAAGAACCAACAAGAGCAGAAGUUUUACAAGGAACUCCACAGUGAAACAAUGAGGACUCCACCACAGGUCUCUGAGGACUCAGGAGGAGUUGUAAAAAGAAAUCGACAAAGAAAAAUCCUGCUCCUUGGUGUUCUGCUGUUGCUAGUGGUCCUUGGCCUUGUGCUACUCAUUGUCUUCACAACUCUUACAUGUAACCUAGAAACCUGCAACACAACAACAUGUCUUCUGCUUCUGGCAAGGUUUCUGAAGGCCCAUAAUCAUAGCAUCGAUCCUUGUGAAGAUUUCUUCAGUUAUACCUGUGGUAACUGGAAUGCCAACUAUACACAAAGGAUGAACAUGCCACUGGUGAAUGUCUUUGAUGUACUCUUGGAAGAAAACCAGCUCAUUAUGAAGAGGCUCUUAGAAGAACCACAGCUGGAGGUUAAAAGCUCAGCAGAGGAGAAAGCUGUACGGUUUUAUACUUCUUGCAUGGAUACAGAACAGAUUGAAGCUCGAGGUGCUCAACCUUUGAAGCAGAUUGUAAACGAGGUUGGUGGCUGGAAGAUCACAGGCUCUUGGGAUGAGACAGAUUUUAACCAGACUCUUCGAUUACUCAUGGGAAAAUAUAAUACAUUCCCUUUCUUCAAAGCCUACGUAGGUCCCAGUUCUUCUGAUCCAAGCAUGAACAUUAUCCAGAUUGACCAUCCAGAGUUUGAGUUGCCAUCAGAAACAGAUCUUCAGAAAACAAUGAAAUAUUCCCAGAUUCUGCGUUCAUACUACUCGUACCUUAUGACAUUAGGACAACUUAUGGGAGGCAACACAAAUAUUACUUCCACCUACAUUCCUUUGGCAUUUUCCUUUAUCUCGAACCUCCAGAAGGCUGUUACCCCCUUAAAAAUGCGACAAGAAAAAAGGAUGCUUUUUUACUUCACUACUAUCAGAGAGCUGCAGGAAAAUGCUCCUGCAAUUGACUGGCUGUCAUGCCUCCAAGCAGCUUUCCAUCCUGUGAAGCUGAACAUGUCUCAGCAGGUUGCUGUGCAUGACAUGGAUUAUUUGAAAGGAAUGUCACAACUGAUUACAACAUGGCAAACUAAGAGAGAUGUACUACAGAUCUACAUGAUACUUUGCCUGGUUGGAAAUCUCUCCCCAGCCUUAAAUAGACAGUUCCAAGAAGCUCGUCAGCAUCUGACAGACCUGCUAUAUAGUGGAACAACAGAAUCACCUGUGGUGAAAUCGGAGCGUUGGAGAAAAUGCCUGAGUGAGACCAGCACAUUUUUUGGCCCUGUACUUGGGAGGAUGGUUGUACAGGAGAUUUUCCCUCAGAAGGCCAAGGAUCUCGCCGAGGUGAUAUUUGUUGAGAUCCGAGAUGCCAUCCACAGCCACCUGGAUCGUGUGAAGUGGAUGGGCCAUCAAUCUCGCCAAGCGGCCAAGGAAAAGAUAUAUAAUCUCCAGGUGGAGAUUGGCUAUCCAGAGAAGAUCUUCCAGACAGAUGAAGUAGAUGCCGAGUAUCGAGAGCUGGAAAUUUAUGAAGAUACCUUUUUCCAUAAUGUGGUUGCCUGUCUGAAAGUUUUGAGGAAGAGGUUCUCACUGAAACUUGUCAAUUCUCAUCUACAGGAAAACUGGGAAGUGGCUCCUUGGUCUGUACAUUCAUACUAUUCACUGAGACGCCAUGCUGUCGUUUUUCCUGCUGGUAUGUUCCGCAGCCCCUUCUUCCAUACUGAAUUUCCCAGUGCUGUGAACUUUGGAGCUAUGGGGUUUUUCAUGGCACAUGAGUUGCUCCAUUCCUUCUAUGAUUAUGUGUUGACCAAGAACUGUUCUUCCUGUGACAUGAAAACACUGAUGCAAGGCAUAGAGUGCCUUGUGAAACAGUAUGAAAACUACUCUGUGGAAAGCCACCCUAUCAAUGGUUCGUUUACCCUUCUGGAGAAUGCCGCCGACACAGAGGGACUUGCCAUUGCUUACCAGGCCUAUCAGAACUGGUUGGCAAAGCAGAGUGCAGUGAAGGAGUUACCUUGGCCUGAGCUUUCGCACAAUCAACUCUUCUUCAUCAGUUUUGCUCACGCUAUGUGUGGGCACCCAAGAUUCAAGGGACUGCAGGGCUUCUUACAUAGGGAUCCACACAGUCCUCCUUCAUCUCGUGUCCGUGGGUCCUUAAGCAACAGCCAAGAUUUCUCCAAGCUCUUCCACUGCCCAAGUGAGUCAGGAAUGAAUCCAGCUCUAAAGUGUCACAUCUGGUAGAACAACCUGAAGAGUUCAUGGAACAAUCAAUGCAAAAAACCAGAACCUAUGGGAUCAUAUGGAUCCAUUGGCAUGAGCCAUGCCAAUUACCUGUGUCUUUUUUCAUUCUUUCUGGUGCAAUCUGUUGGUCCUCGUCAAAGGCGUUACAGCCAUUCACCAAGUGGGAAUACCAUACAGAGAAGACAUUAAAAACUUUAUAUUCUGACAUUGCCUUGGGGAAGGCUCAAAUCAGGAGACUGAAGAUCACAUUCAACAUCUCUGGUGUUUUUGUCUCGUGACUCUGUUCCAAUCAAAUAUGAAUACAACAGAGAGAGAUUUCUUGACUGCUGCGAGAAUGCACUGACUGCCACAGCAUUGCUGGGGCUAACGUGUUGAAUGACGCCAUGAUGUAAUUUUCAUUAAGAUGUUGACUGAGUGUCUGGACCGUACUAUUUUGGAGCACAAGUAGGAACUCACGAUUGAAUGGUUCAUACAAAAAAGAUCCAGAAGUAGGAGAGUUAGUGAAAAUGUACCACUACAUUACAUUUACACUAAAAAAAAACAAC